AUGAGCUUCGCGAGCUCGGGCCCUCUCCCGCCCCCGGGAGCCGGCAGUGCAGCUCUCCCCAGAGUCUUCCUCCUACUGAGCUCCACGAGGCGGCAGGCAGGCCGUGAACCCCUGCUCUCGUGGCUCAAAUCUGUAACUUUGAGCGGACGUUUAGUUUAUCCUGUUGAAAGGGUGAAAAUCUUGGACUACUUCAACACAGCUGUCAGCAAAAUCCUGAAGCAAGUCAGAAUAUCUUGUUUAGAGAUUUUGGUAGAUCCUUAUUUAAAUUUUAAACUUAACAAAUCUGUAGAUGAAGUCAGAAAAAUAGAGUACAAAGCUGCUGUCAAAAUCCAGAGCUGGUUUCGAGGAUGCAGAGUCCGAGCCUAUCUGAGGUAUCUGAACAAAAUGGUGAUUUUUAUACAGAAGUGGUGGAGGGGUUAUCAAACCAGAAGAUACUUCAGAAAAAUGGUGGAGACAGCAUAUUUUAUUAUGAAGAUGAAUUUCUACAAUGAAAUGGCUGUCAGGAUUCAGAAAAGAUGGCGAGGCUAUUAUGUUCGGAAAUAUAUCCAUAAUUAUUAUGCACUGAAGAAAUACCUGGAAGCCAUUUCUGUGAAUAACGAGAUUGUCAGGAAUGAACUCCAAGACUACGCGGAAAUGAAGGAAUAUGAAGAGAAAAGGAAAGACCUAGAAAAGAAAGAAAAGGAAAAGAAAUACCAAGCCCGAAAGAUGCAUUACCUCCUUAGCACUGAGCAGAUUGCAGGCAUCUACAAUUCACCGUUCAGAAAAUCCCCAGAUCCAAUGGAACUGCUGCUACGGAUGUCAAAGCCAUUGAGCCACAGACGGCAGCAAAUUCAGCGUCCCUUUGCCAAUGAGCUCUAUGACUGGCCAACCUGCAGAAGGCCUCUGGCUUUCUCCACAGCACAACCUCUACCACCUAUUGGCAGACAGAAACCUCAGGGGCCUUUCCGCGAUACUGCUGAAGUAUUGCGGCAGCGCUACAAGCCUUUGGAACCAACCUUGCGAGUGGCAGCAUCAAUCAAUUCACCACUAGAGAAGGCCAGAGAGGAAAUGAAAAGGGAGGAAUGGAGAAACCGUAUACAUGACAAUGAAUUUCUGCCAUUUUCCUCGUAUCAUAAAAAUGAGAAGUAUGAACCAUCAAUUCAUAGGUCAGGCAAAUAUGGCCAAGAAACUUACGGAUUUAAACACUUCCGAGAAGUACAGCCUAAGAAGUGGGUAACAGACAAGGACUUUCAAACAGUGUUACCAUCGAUUGUUCUCUUUGAAAAGUUUGGAAAAACUUACUCCAGAACUGGGCAAAUAGUGUAA